AUUAAUAUGUAAGUCUUAUGAGUCGAUUUUUUUAUUUUUAGAUUUUUGCUGUUUCUUCUGACAUUUUCAGGUUGCAGUCUGAUUUUCAACAGCUUAUGCAGCAUUUCCUGAUUGUAUAAAAUGGAAAAUGUUAACUGUUAAAUGUGCACUAGUUUUAUGAAUCAGUUUUAUUCAGGCAGUUUAAAACGUAGAUCUACCUGUUAGUAAAUAGAUCCUAUGAGCAGAGUUGGGCUCUGAAGCCACACAACUUAAAACUUCUGGAAACAUAACAUGCAACACACAGAAGCCUCAGAAAUGAGCAAGGUUCCAUCUUUCAAUGCAAUACCCACCAAUCUUUAAUGAGUUGCCUGCUGCCUAUAAUGCCCUAACCUUUUUCAGAUUCUGUGCUCAAGCCCAACAUGACGAGGAUGACAAGAAAGAAAGAGCAUAUUAUUCAGCUGUAUUCACAUGGUGAGUUGCGGGUGCCAGUUGAUGUGAAGAUGAUGGUCGUGUCAAAUCUGUAAAGAAAAUUCCAGUUGGAUAUUUUCCACAACUGAACUGGUAGGUCUUAAACCAUGUUACGCAAAGGGAAUGUAGGUAGGUGGGGCAUUAAUGGGGCCCAAGAGUAAAGUUUCACUCUUGGGCUUUGUAACAGGUUACUCCAGAUAUGGUAUCUACAGCAGAAGAACAGUCUUCAGUUUGUCUAAAUAUAUUCCCACUGUUAAAUGAAAUGCAGAGAAUUUCUCUUAUGCUGUGCUUCAACAGGUGGCCAUUAGAAACUAAGAUCAGCUGUUAUUUAGGUGGACUAAAACAGCCAAUGGACUGGCUCGCCUUCUUCCCGUUAGGAUUUGAUGUUUUGAGUGUGUGCUGGUGAAAAAAUGCACAAUUCAGCAUUUUCUGAAUAGACGGAAUGAAAGGCAUCAAGUGAAAGCUGUGUACUCAGACACCGAGAUGAGACGGUUAUUUAGUGGUUGUACAGACCGUGAGGGGGCCGUGUCUCCCACCGCCCGUCCUUCAGUCAGACACUUUAUAAAGGUCAUGAUAGUACUUAUAGUGUUGUUAUUAUCGCCUGUUGUGACAGAGGCGGGUUUAGGAUCGGGGCACGCGGUGAUUGGACGUGAUGACCCCCCUGUGGCACGAUGCUUCCGUUUUGAGCGUACGCGCAUGCGCAGCGACCCCUCUCUUCUGAUAUUUUAUUUACUCCCGAAACCCAAGAUGGCUCCUGUGAAUGUCUCAGCCCCAUAGCAAAUCGAGGAUGCACGUAGCUGCCGAAAAACAACUUUUUCCCGACCGUCGCAUCCCCUGGAGUUCAAUCCGUAUGUCUCGGAGGAGGCUCUAACGUCCGUGUAGGCACCGAGCAGCCGUCGGAGCCCCGCGAAACCUUCUUCAAGCCGUCAAUUUGGAGUAGUUUCGCGAAGUAGCUCUUCUCCUCGCUGUCGCUGUCUGUCCGGAGCGAGGUUCAGGCAGGCAGCUCAUCCAAAUGGCCGAACCGAGAAAAGUGCAAUUUGUCACCCUCUCGGCCUUCGCAGCUGGAGCAGCCGCGGAGUCUAGGAAACGCCGGCUGGAGGAUGAGGCCGACUUCAACUUCGAUAGAGACGGGGAGGUCGAGGCAGCGACCGGGGCAGGAGGUGCUGCCAGCAACGGUCGUCUAGGCAAAACCGGCGACAGGGACAAGGCUGCAGCCGAGAAGAGGGCGACCGUGCGGCUCAACCUGCCCCUGUCCGAGCCCGACGACCGCUCCUCCGCCGAGUUUAAUUACGGCGAACUCAUCCAAAACCUCCAGGCAAAGAAUAAUCCCCCCAGUUCGACUUCGGCCCGCAAUCCCAACGACCCCUUCGAUGACGAGGAGAAAGAGCGACUCCAGGUGGAAGCUUUGGCAAAAAAGUUUGAAAAUAAAUAUGGUAACACUGGGAAGAAGAGGAAGGACAGAAUGCAAGAUUUGAUCGACAUUGGGUUUGGCUACGACGAGACAGACCCUUUUAUAGACAACUCAGAAGCUUAUGAUGAGCUGGUGCCGGCCUCUCUCACCACAAAGCUGGGGGGAUUCUACAUCAACACUGGCACGCUGCAGUUCAGGGCGACCUCUGACUCCGAGGGAGAGGAGGACAAGAAGCCAACACAACUGGCGCCCACGUUGGAGAAGUUGAAUGAUGGCAAGGACAAGGUGAUUAAGAAGAGGAAGAAGAAGGAAGUGAACAGUCUGGAAGAGAAGAACCCGAAGAAGAACAAAGUACCUAAACAAGGAGUGAGUGCUCUGAACGUCCACCGGCCGGAGAAGAAGAAGAGAAAGAAGCUGAUGAAGGAUUCGCUGUACUUGGCGGCCAUGCUCCGUCGCUUCACCCGGGAGAAGGAAGAAAUGAAGAAAAGAAACCCCAACAUGGCUCACCCCGGCCCGGCGGGUGGUGUGGCUAACAAGCCCCACGUUAGUAACUCAACAAACCACCUGUUGGCCACUAACUCCACCCACCCGCAGGGCAACACAGCUGGCAGUGACUUCUCGCUGGCAGACCUCACCUCCGACCCCGCUGUGAUGUCACUGCUCGGCUCGGCCAAUGAGAAGGAGCUGCAGGACCUUCUAAGCGACCUGGACUUUAGCUUGUUGGACACUGACCAGCAACAUGCCAUGGUGGCAGCCAGAGAAAAUGGCAUUCUGGGAGUCGGUGUUCCGGCACAUAAAACGGUAGGAGGAGGCGGCCAAGGGCGAGGCCUGGGGUCUUCCAGCGGACUGUUCUCCCCGCCCCCUCUUCCCAACGGACUACCUGCGCCUCUUAUUAAACGCAUCGAGGACCUGCGGGCGGCCUCACGACAGUUUGAUCAGGAGGGCAGGAAAAAAUUUUUCACCCUGGACAUGAACGACAUUCUCCUGGAUAUCGAGCUGCAGGUCCAGGAGCAGCCUCCUGAGGUGCGUUCAGACAUCUACUCCCACAUGGAGGCAUUUGUGCCGUGCAACAAAGAAGCGCUGCUCAAACGUCUGAAGAAGCUCAGUCUCAACAUCCAGGAUGAUCGACUACGGACACCAUUAUUGAAGCUGAAGCUGGCUGUGUGCAGUGUUAUGCCAGAGCAGAUAGCAAAAUACAACAUGGACUGCAUGGCCAAGGUUGCAAAGCAGCAGUCAGAGGAGGGCGAUAAGAAUGGUUCAGAAGAAGAGGAUGAGGAGAAACCAGGGAAAAGAGUGAUGGGCCCACGGAAGAAGUUUGUCUGGGAUGACAAACUCAGGAACCUGCUGUGCAGCCUGGUGCGAGUGAAGCUGAGCUGCUAUGAGAUGGAGAGCCAGUGCUCUCUGUCCGUGGAGGACUACCUCAAGGCCUUCUUAGAGAAUGAGGUCAAACCACUGUGGCCCAAGGGCUGGAUGCAGGCCAGGAUACUGUUCAAGGAGAGUCUUGCCGUUCACAAUCACCUCACUGGAAACCUAGUCAAGAGGAGAAUGGUGCCUGGACCCAAGGCCAAAGCCAAGGAGGGUCUCUGGAUCCACAAGACACCUCUCACCAUGGCCUCCACUCCAUCUCUGCCCACCUCUACAUCUGCUCUGACCUCCAACCGCCAGCCCCUUUCUUCACCCUCAGAGCCCAUCUGUCUGUCGGACUCACUGGAUGAGGAUCUGACUGCUCCUUCUUUGGACUCUAUCUCUCACGCUCUGGCCCUUCUCAGCAAUCCAUCCAAGGGCCCAGGCUCCUCAGACAGCCCCUUGUCACCCCCACCGCUGCAAAUGCCCACGUCUUCUCCUCCACCUGUCACUCCUCACUACCCCUCAGCCUCUCAGCUCUCCGUGUCUGUUGCAUCCACCACACAGCAGCGUUGCAUGUCUAAGGUGGAGACUGCUCCUCUGUCAGCUGCGUCUGUUGGGAACUUGCCAACGAUAACAACGCUACCAACCUCCUCGUCUACCUCCUCUUCGUCGUCUCCAGUUGUCUCCUCCAUGGCUCGUGUGCAGGGCCUGUCGCUGGCAUCCAGGACUGCAGAUGGUCACUACAGCCUAAUUAAAGGACCUGGUGCCAUGGGCCAAACCCAGACUCAGAGACAUGUUACCAUGGCAUCAGCUAAUCAGAGGUCAAGCUUGGUGAUGGGUAAGAUGCAUCCACAUCCGUCUCCUUCACCUCCAAAGCAGAGGCCUCCUCCCACAGCUUCCCCUUUGCUGCCUCCUCAUCAGAAAGGCUUUGCUAGCCCAGCAGGAAUGCUGGGAGCAAUGGGAACCACUCAAGGACUGGCCAAGGGUAGUGCCAAAUCCAACGGCAUGGCUGUGAACACCAACCUCACACCUUCUUCCUCCCCUUCCUCACAGCCCCGCUCCAACUCUACCUCCCACCACAGCUUGCAGUCCUUCUGCCCUCCCUCCCCAGUGGCCUCCUCUCCAUCCCCCACCUCCCACACUUCACACUCCUCUCAAGGUAAAUCCCACACACAUCACCACCACCAGGCCAACUUCAUCACACCCAUGCAAGCCACCCUCACCAAGUCCUCCCACAGCAGCAACUCGUCUCCCAUCAUAAAACUCACCCCUCGCCCUCCUGCACCCACUCCGCCUCCAUCCUCCUCCCCCUCCCCUUCAUCCUCUCCGUCACACCCGCUCUCCCAUCAGAUGAUCCCCAGCCAACAGGCACAACACCAGUACUCUCCCAAAACCCCCAAAACAUUUCGACCCCCUUUCAGUGUAUCGGGGGGUGGGCAGGUGAAGCAGACGCAGGGCAGCCUCAGCUUCGCUGGCAGCCAGAAACCUCAGUCUACCACUAGCAACAGUAGCAUCAGCAACAACUCUAACAAGGGAGUGGUAUCAGCAAUCUGCAGUCAUCCAGACAAAACUCCCCCAUCUUCUGCAUCUUCAGUCUCGGCCAAUCAUGGCCAGAGACAGAGGGUGGUGGGUGCCACCAACCAGGCCUCAAAAGCAGGAAAUGGUUGGGUGCCUUCAGGAACUUUGGCCACAUCGUCCACAACGUCACACCUCUCACAGGUAUCUACUGCAGGCACUCCCCUCCUGGGCAGCCCCUCUGCUCUGCCCCUGGGCUUCGGGAUGUUAGGAGGCUUGGUGCCAGUCUCGCUUCCCUUCCAGUUCCCCUCGUUGCUAAAUUUCAGCCCUUCUGGAGCCCCAGGGGCAGCAGGCAUAGGCUCAGCCCCCAGUUCCAACUCAGGAUACCCACUAGCACAGAGCGACCUAAUGGAACUGUAUAAGAGUCUCCAGUCAGGGUCGCAGGCUGCCCUACCUCCUCACUUGCAGCUUGCUUUUUCAGAUGCGAACCAAAGCCAGGGUGGAGACAUGAAGAGGAAAUCCCACUGACCAAUAACCGCGCAGGAGAUGUUGUGACAUCACAGCCUCCUGGACACAUCCACCAAUAGGAAUCUUCACAUUGAUUGACUGACAUGACGAUGUGGUAUGAGGGGGCGGGGCUCCACUGCCUCUUUUAAAAUGGACCUAAAGGAGAAUCAGUUGAUCCUCGCUACAAGUGGCAAUGAUGAUAUUAAUUUAACUUUAUUUUCUAAUGAUCCGGGUAUGACAACGAGACGGCGUGAAUGACAAGGACACUUGUUUUUGUUGGGCUUAUUUUUAUUUUUGUCAACAUGUUUACAUACGACCGACCUUGAUCACUGUGGAAUGAGUGUGAGCGAGGGUGUGGUACAGAUGAGAGCAGUAGUAUGCUACGUAAUAUAAUUUGUAUUUAAGCUUAUGUGGAAUAACAGGACUCUUGUUCUUGCAGUACAAAAACAAAAAAGAAAAACAGAGUAAUUCUUUGUUUUGUUUUUCUGUCUUUUGUCUCAAAUGUGGGAGUUUGUCGUGUCAGUAGAAGUUUAUUGUUGGUCACCUCUGCGCCCACAAAUGACUGUUAAGUAGUAGCUUAAAUUAAUAUUGAUAAAUUAUUUGUAAUUUACACAGGGACAAAUAACCGUGCGAGUGAGUGGUGAGGUUGAUUUGAAUGCGUGGAUGUACAUAACAAACACAAUAUACUGUUAAUUUCUUUCCAGAUUAUUGUGUCAGAGUGGGUAAGGACAUGUAUCCCCCUUUCAGUUUGAUGCCCCUCUCUUGCUCAGUGUGUUUUUGGUGCUGUUUAAUCACACUGGACCUUUUCUGGAAGAAAAAAAAAAAGACUUGAAUAGAAAAAGUGAUCGGCUCCUCUUCUGGCCGGAGGAACCACCUGUGAGAGAGGGGGAGAAACAACAAGAUUGUAGCCUACUUGAAUUGUUUUUUGUUUUUGAAUGAGUUAAGAUUUUUUUUUUUUUAAUUUACUUUAUCUGCUUACUGACUCAAACCAACUUAAUAUAACAAAACGCCUUAGUUUAUAUUGAAAAAGUAUGAAAAAGAUCUAUGCAGGACUGUAAACGCUCAAUGCAAAAGUGCAAGUCGUCGCUUGGCUUUCAACCUCUACUCCACUUGUCAGUGCAUCUCUGGAGUUGUGAAUGUUUGUAGAUGCUGUUAUGUCACUCGAGACUCCUUCUUUUUCCGCCUUGUGUUCAGACAGAGAGCAAAGCUAAUUUUAGAUUCUAUUACAUUCAGAGUCAGCGCAAAGGCUACGCAAAAUGUUUGGACCAUCAUACAUGAUGGUGCGUUCACACUAUGAAAAUGUGUGAAAAGCUGCCCCUUAUUGACUUGCCCCUUAUUGAUGGAGAUGACAGAAAGCUGGUGAGUUUGUGGCCAGCCUGAACACAAACUCCAAACACACUCCUGCAGAAAGUCUAGUUAUGUAGUUUACCUCUAGCUGAGAUUGGUACUGAGAUAAAUGAAGUCUGGAUCUAUGUGAGUUCUCCCUAAAAUGAAUUUCUCUUUGUCUGAACACUGAUAGAGAACCUUCCCUCAGCUGAAUACCUCCGUUAACUUAACCGUUCUUCCUGAGUCUCUCCAUGUCCUAAAAACGACUAAACCCUCCUGCCCUUGUCCGUGUGUCUGGCUGACCAGCUGCACCGAGAACGACGCCAAAGAUUGUUCUGUAGCUCCUUAUGAUGGGGUGCUCCUGGUCAGUGAGUGUCUGUGCGAGUAUUUCCACAUUUCCCUUCCACAGAAGUCUAAACCCAUGCGUGUCUGCGUGGUCGUGGGGGAUGUCAUUGUGAAGUCAUGUGACUGGAGCAGUGGGUGACAUCUGUGUGUGUUUUCAGGUGGGGGAGGAUAAAAAUGACAUUUCAUGGUUAACUGGUUACUUAAUUUGGUCUUUUGUAGAUUAUUUUUGUGUGUCUAUUAUGAAAUUAAACAACACAGGUGGUUUUCA